UUUAUUUUCAGAGAACUAGAGAGAGUUGACUGACAAAUUAGAAUUUGGUAGAGAGAGAGAGAGAGAGAGAGAGAGAGAGACUUGUAAAACACUAGCACUCUCCAUUCUCCAUUCUCACUUUCCACACACAAGAAUUGUAACUGCAAAAUCACGAUCAUGAACAACGGAGACGAAGAUAACAAGGGCUUAAUCUGGAAGCUUCCAGAGCUCAAAUCCAACGAUUUCGGUAAGAUUGGUCCCGCCUUCGGCCUCGGCGCCGGCUGCGGCCUCGGUUUCGGUCUUGGCCUUCUCGGAGGUGUGGGUUUCGGCCCUGGAAUUCCAGGAUUCCAAGUAGGUUUUGGAUUCGGUGCUGGAUGUGGGGUUGGUAUAGGAUUCGGCUAUGGUGUAGGGAAGGGCAUUGCCCAAGAUGAGAAGAAGAGGUAUUCUAAUGUUGGAAAUCCUUUCCGUGGUUCUGGAAAUAUUAUUUCUGAGGAUGAGAUUACUGCCCUUGUGGAUGACCUUGUGAUUAAUACUAAGAAGCUUAUCAGGGCAACAACCAAAGAAAUUGACAAGUGGAGAAGAUGAUGGAAGAGUCUUACGAAUUCUUUUAUGUAUAUUUGUAUAAACCAAGAUCUGUCUUAUUCACUAAAAUCAUGGCAAACUCAAUCAGCAUGUUAUAGACUUGUUGCCGUACACGACAUGCUGAAAUUUCGUAUUAAUAUCCAUUUAGAUUAUUAUUUAAACUUGGUUAAAAAUUGAGUUCCACCAUUGUCUGAA